AUGGAACACAGCAACUCCAACCAUGUGGGAUCCAUGGCCGCAGCAGGCUCCGCGCGGAUUCAAAUCGGCAAUAACUCCACAAUCAACAACACGACAAACAACUACUCCCAAGAUGAUGACGAGAAAUACCUGGCGGCAUUGUCCUUAACUGAUCCUCGCCAGGACAAGAGUCGUAUCGAACAGACUAAUGGCGACCUGUUGAAGGAAGCAUACCUAUGGGUCCUGCAAAAUCCUGAGUUUCAGCGUUGGCGGGAGACAAGCGAGGGUCAGCCGCUCCUUUGGAUCAGGGGCGACCCUGGCAAGGGAAAGACAAUGCUGCUCUCAGGCAUCAUUAAUGAACUGAAACCUUCUACAAGAUUGAAAGAUCCGACACGCAGAACAGAUCCGACGAGUCAAACGUCACUGUCCUACUUCUUCUGUCAGGCAACCAACCCAGGCCUCAACAAUGCCACAGCAGUUCUGCGAGGCCUGGUAUACCUCCUGGUGGACCAACAUCCCAAUCUUCUCUCUCAUGUACGCGGCAAAUUACCCCUAGAUCCUGGACACUGGAACUCGGGUGUCGCCAUCAGAGCUAUCUUUCUUGAGAUACUGCAGGAUCAAUCUCUCCAGAACGUUAUUCUUAUCGUCGACGCCCUGGAUGAGUGCGAGACAGAUAUGAGGUUUCUUCUCGAGGUCAUCACUGCAACCAUGUCGCAUCAAGUCAGAUGGCUUGUGAGCAGUCGCAACAUCCGUAUGAUAGAGACGAUCCUAACACAAGCUCAGACAAAAGUUGUCCUGUCUCUGGAGCUCAACGCACAAUCGGUUGGUCAAGCUAUCAGCGAGUACAUCCAGCACCGGAUGGGCCGACUGGGUUCUAGGAUCAACCUCAACGACGACGAAUUGAGGUCUACGUCAAGCUAUCUGUAUGAGAAUGCACAUGGCACAUUUCUGUGGGUGGCAUUGGUCUGUCGACAACUUGAAACCUGCAACGAUUGGGAAGUGAAGGACCUCCUUGAGCGACCCCCCCAGGGCCUGAACGAGCUGGGCGGUGUCAUUUACCUUGUCCAUCAGUCGGCAAAAGAUUUCUUGGCCAAGCAACAGGACAUACUUUUCCCCUCUGGUCUCACCCAACACCAUCUCGGACUUUUUGACACCUGUCUCAACAGCCUUGACGUCCUUAGAAUGGAUAUGUAUGACCAAGUUUAUCCUGGAGUUUCGGUCCACGAAGCCCGCCGCUGCCGCCCUGAACCCGACCCUUUGCCUGGCCUCUCCUACUCUUCCGAGUUCUGGGCUCAUCAUCUACGUGAUGCUCGGCCCAUCCGCGCCCAAGAAAUAUCGAACUACAACAAAGCCCAUCAAUUCAUUGCCCACAAGUUCCUGUUCUGGGUGGAGGCACUCAGCCUGCUCAACAGCUCACCGGCAGCGAUGGAAACUCUGCAAAUUCUCAAGGACCUACCACUCGGUGACGAGGCAUUAGCACUUGUUGAAGACGCUCGGAGAUUUUUCCUCUACUUCAGGCCCAUUAUCGAACGGUAUCCCCUCCAGAUAUACGCGUCUGGCCUAAUAUUCAGUCCGGAAGAGAGCUUAAUACGUCACCACUUUGAACACUGCAGCCCCAAGUUUGUGGCCAAGAAGCCUCGAGUCGACGCACAAUGGCACCCAUACUUUAGCACCUCUGGAUGGGAUUGCGACCUGAUAUUUUCGCCAGACAACAACGACGGCAUGGAGAUCAUGAGCGCUCGCUGUGAUUGGUUGAAGUUCAUAACACCGUCGCCAGACCUGAAUUUGUUUGCUGGUGUGACCACCCGUCAACAAUCUUCCCGUGUUCAAGUCCAUAUUGGUCUCCAGGUUCGCAGCUUGGAGUCAAACAAUAUCAAAUGGAGCAGAAAGCUUGACAAUCGCCAAGUCAGGGGGAUGAAGUUUUCGCCCGACAGCCAGUGGUUGGCAGUGUGCUUCGACAAAGAGUUAGUGCUUUGGGGGGUUGAAAAGAAUACCUGUAAAAGGUGGCGCUUCGAGAUUUCCCAUCAACCCGACCGAUGUGGUAUCGAAUUCUCUUCAGACGGUGCCCUGGUUGCAAUCUUUGAGGACAAGUACGGUCUUCUGACCCAGUUAUCUCAUCCAGGGCCGGGCUCCAACUAUAACAAAGAACGCACUGAGGACAAGUUCAAAACCUCGGCGAGUAACGUGAUCCUGGAUGUCCGAACGGGCGAGCAGCGCAGGAACCCUCCCAAUGAAGAUAUUGGGUUCAUCAGGUCUAUGAUAUUUACCCCCAACACUUACGAGAUCAUGAUGUGCUGCGAGAACGGCGUAUGGUCUUGGGAUAUCGUCGGGGGGGAAUGCCAAGAAUGGCUCGGAUUCGGUGACCUGAUCUGGGACAUCGCCUCUUCACAUGAUGCCUCCUGGAUCGCCGCGGUGUCAGGUUCAAAAGUUUUCGUAUACGGAAGGCAGAACCAGGAAUUGCUACAACAUUUUCAAAUACCAUCGGGGUUUGGCAUUUCUUCAAUCGCUGUGUCUUUUGACGAUCAGCAGCUUGCGGUCAAACUUGCUUUGACCGUGUUGCCGUUUUGA